AACAUGUGAUGUCUUAAGACCUAUUUUUAAAAUCGUGUGUGCAGCAUUUCCAUCAUAUCUUGCUGUUGAUCUAUCUAAUCAGAUGUCUCAGCUUGUGUUAAUAGGAUUGACAGCUCUGAGUCUACAUUCACAUGCUCAGUCACUGUCAGGCCUGCACACAGACAGACCGAUAUGAAGGACCAACAUCUGCCAGCCAUCCCACGGCGAAUAUGGUCCAAGCAGAAGACCUCCAGGAAACCCAAAGCGGAAUCAGUGAAGGUGGAUAGCUGUCCUAGACAGCCCUACGGGGGUGUGGUGGCUGCAGUGUCGCGGUUCACUGAGGUGGAGAAGAUGAGGCAGUCCCCGUUUGAGAGGGCCGUGUUUGAUCUGGCCCACAAUGAGAAGAUCGCCAACGAAACCAUUUUGGGGCGACGCAUUGGAUUCUAUGAGCUGCGAGGGGAGAUUGGACAGGGGAACUUUUCUAAUGUUCGACUGGGGAUCCAUGCAGUCACAAAAGAGAGGGUUGCUGUCAAAAUCAUGGACAAGAUGCGUCUGGAUAAGAAGAGUCAUCCCUAUGUGUCCUCUGAGAUCAGCUGUAUGGAGAAUCUGUGCCACCCAAACAUUGUGCGUCUCUACGAAGUGAUAGAGACCAGCCGGAAGUUAUUUUUAGUGAUGGAGUAUGGCAGCGGUGGGGACCUGUUCUCCAGAGUCACCAGCAGGGGGCGACUGAACGACCUGGAAUCCAAGAUGAUCUUUGCACAAGUGGUGUCCGCUGUCAAGCACAUGCAUGAGAAUAACAUCGUGCACAGAGACCUCAAGCCCGAGAACAUUUUCUACACCACCAGCCACUGCAUCAAAGUGGGCGACUUUGGUUUCAGCACCGAGAGCGGCCCUCAUGAGCUCCUCAACAGCUUCUGUGGCUCUCCUCCGUAUGCAGCGCCAGAACUGUUUAAAGACAAGGGUUACAUCGGUCAAUACUCAGACAUCUGGGCUCUGGGCAUCCUCCUGUACUUCAUGGUAACUGCCACAGUGCCCUUCUUCGGAGACAAUCUGAGUCGACUGAAGCGCUGCAUCCUCCAGGGGGUGUACACCAUCCCAGAAUAUGUCGGGGAAGAGUGCCAGACAAUCAUUAAAGGCAUGCUUCAACCAGUGCCCAGUGAUAGGACCCCCAUUGUGCAGGUUCUUAACGGUCCUUGGCUAUGUGAAAUUGAAUGUCUGCCUCCAUUCGCCAUGUUACCCCUCUCUCCUGUCCAUUUUGGUCAGGCUAACGCUGCCCUGUGCCCGGAGGAGCAGGAAGUCAAACGUUUGUUGUCAGAUUUGGGGAUUGGGACAGUUCACUUUCAGAAUAACCCCUGCUCAGACAGUAGGAGCCCCUUAACCGGUAUUUAUCGGAUCUUGCUACAUCGGGUGCAAAAGAGGAGGGCUGUGGAGGCUGUGGGGUACACAAAACUCCACCCAGAUGAGUACAGGGGGCAGAGGAAGUGGUCCAUGACAUCUUUAGAUAAGCACAACCCAUCAGCUGUAUGUGUUAUUCUAUGAAAAAUCAACUAGUGCACUUUACAAU